AUGUUGUGCCAUGUGUCAAUUCCGAAAACGUUCCAGAAUAUGAUCUGUUGCCAGGCCAUGUGCGUGUUCCUGUUGCUCAACAUGGGCUGCCUGUCCAGGAGCUACUUCAUUCACAAGGUGCAACUUAAUCCGGAUUUGGAUGUGGCCGGUUUGUACGAAGCGUAUAGAGAAAAGAAGGAGAGCGGUAGCUCGGCGGGAAGUGGAGGAGGAGGGGGCAGUGGUUGCGAAAAGCAGUGCGGCGCUGCUUUCUCCGAGAGUGAUGCCAGGUCGAAGGCUUCUAGCAUAGCCCAGAAGGCCGCCCAGGAGGCAAAGGCCGCAAACGAUGCCCAAGUGGCCGCCGGCGAAGCUGCUUCCAUGCAGGUGAAACUAGAGCUGGCCGACAGAGCCCUGCAAGCGGCUCGGGCGGCAGAGGCGGCUCUGGCCGGGAAGCAGCAGAUUGUCGAGGCCCUGGAGCAGGAGCAGGGCGAGGCAGAGGCGGUAGUGAACGAAGUUAACAGGUCCUUGCACAGCACAGCGGCAAAUGCCGAGGCCGCCGGAACGGCAGCCACCGAUGCCAAGAAUCAGUUGAACCAGUUACGACUCCUUUUCAAUUCCGCAUCGGAUCAGCUCCGAAACAUUGAGGCGAUGGCGUCUGGGGCUCAGUCGGAGCUAGCCGAGAAGUCUCAGUUGUUGGAAGCUGCCAAAAAGCGUCUUGAGACCAUAUCGAGGCAUCUGAUCUCCGCUCGGACGGAUUUCGACAAGACCAAGCAGGCGGCGUAUAAAGCAGCCUGUGCUGCGGUGGAGGCCAAGCAGAAGGCAUCGCGGACACGCCGUGGGAAUAAGCCCUCGUCCUCAUCUUCUAAAAACUAGGACCCUUGUAUUAUUGAUGGAUUAAAUUAUAUAUUUUAUAA